AUGGCAGUAGAAAAAGACAGCCUUGAGAUCACCCAGCUCCCACCGGUUGCGGGGCCGGAACUGAACAACUUACACGAUGUCCAGGCUACGAAAGGACAAUCCACCCCCGAGUCUGACAAUUCAAUUAUCCUAGGUCGACAGGUCCUCUUACGACAUCAGCAAGUACUGCUAGCGCCCAUCACCCCAAUUCCAACACCGACUAUAGUUGCCAUAGCUCAGUCGAACGAGAAGACCCAGGUGAACGGACGCUCACCAGUCGGGGGCAAGAUGUCCAUGAAGAUGGAGCGGAUGCGAGAUGUGUUGACGGAUCUCAAACGCAGAGUUACACCGCAGCAGUACCCUCACGCAUGGCUACUGUUUCUGGCCAUCAUUACCAUCGCAGCUGGCGCUAUCAUCGCCGGAUGGUGCGGCCUCGCCUUUGAGACAAUGCAUCGCGUGGAACUCAUGGGCACUUCGAGCGCUGCUACUACUUCUACUGGACCGCCAGCGCAGCGAAACGUGGAGGUCUCUGGAGGAUUCGAUGUUGCAGAGGAUGGCCUGCUGGGGCUCGAUUCCGCAGCGCUCGGCACGGGGACGGCUAUGGGAGAUAUGACUCCAUCAGGAGCAAACGGACGAGACGCUGUAUCGGGUCAUCUUAUAGACUUGACUUCUACCGACGGACUGACAGCAGAAACAGUGGUGGCGAGAGAUCUCGUCACCACGAUCUAUGUUACCGUCACAGCUCCCCCUGAGACGACAUCUUCGGCUUCUACCUCCUUCUCGAGCGAGAGCAAGGGCACGAGCGCAAAUGCAAUCCCGACCCACGGUACAACUUCCAUGAUUUCCAUGACUACGGCACCCAAAUCUACUCCGUCGGUGAACACUGCGUCUACGAGCACAGUGGAGCCGCAGAUAUACUGCCCUCAUUCCGAACGACCUCUGAUCUGGACGCCUUGCGUCGACCACCCGACUUCGGCUGCGUCCCAUGGGGUUGCGAAUCCCUUUACGAUUGCACGUCGUGCUCUGGUAACCUUGUGGAAGGCUGUAGCAGGCUGA